AUGGGGAAAAGUGCAAAACCUGAAAAUUCUGGAGAUAAUUUAUAAAACUAAACAAAUAAAAUUUAUAAUAAAUUAACUGGUUUAGGUUAUGCAGUUGCUUAUAAUUAUAAUGUUUCCUAGGAUAUUUUACCUAAAAUAAGUGCUUUAUAAACUGAAAUAGGCAAAAAAGCAUUAAAAGAUGACGUAAAAGAAAAAAACUAGAAAAUUAAAGAAAAGUUAGUUAAAGAUUUUGACGAAAUGAAGAAAUACUUUGAAAAAAAAAUAGUUAAUUUGGAAGCUAAAUUAAAUGAUAAAAUUAAUACUUUCGAAGAUAGAACUUAAAAUAUUGAAAAAAAAACUUUAUGGAAAAUUUAAGAUUGUGAAGAAAUGCUUAAAAAAAGAAUUACUGAAGAAUAUGUUGAUGAUUCAUGUAUAGCUUUAGAAGAAAAAUUAAAAAGAGAUGUUUUUUCAUUAAUUUAAAAUGAUUCUGAUAAAAUUGAAAGAAUAGAAGUUCAAUUAAAUUCAAAAAUGAAAUAAAUUGAAGAUUUAUAAUGUGAAAAAUAAAAAAGCAUAAAAAAAUAAUUAAAAGAUUUAGAAGAUUUGGUAAACUAAUCAUAUUUAAAAGGACAAAUAUUUGAAGAUUUCAAGAAAUUUAAUAGUACAAAUUUAACUGAAUUAUCUAAAAGACUUUACGAAGUUGAAAAAAAAAAUGAUUUAGCCGGAUAAUUAGAGAGAUAAAAUAUAAGAAUUAAAUCUUUAGAAGAUAAAAUAAGUGACUUUGAAAAAGAUAUUAUUUAAAAGUUACAUGAUAUUUAAAUAUAAUAUAAUAAUUAAAGUAAAUCCUAUAAAAUAAACGAUAAUUAAUAAUCAUAAAAUUCAAAUAUUGAUCCCCAUAAGAUUUGUUAAAUUGAUUCAGAUUUACAAAGAACAAUGGAAGAAGUUAGAAAAUAAAAACAAUAAACAGAUGAAUUGAAAAAUUCCCUAUAAAAUUAAUCCUAAAAUGAAAAUUGUUCAAUUAUAACAACUAAAAAACUACAUUCUAUAAAUAAUUUAAAUUGCCUUUCUUGUGGAAUUCCUAAACAUAACAUUUAAUAAGGUAGAACUACUGGUACUUUUAGAGCUGAUUUAGGAUAAAAUACUCAUGAAUUAUUAAUUACUAAAUCUAAUAAUUAAUUUAAGACAUAAAAUUAUAUGGACUAAACUAAAAUUCAAAGACCUUAAACUGCUUAGGAAACUUAAAAUGGAAAGAAUUUUUUAAGACCUGAAAGUGCAAAGAAAUGA